AUGGAUGGUACAAACGUGUUCUACGAUUUCAAAGACGGUCAAGGAGCGACGGAUGCUCUUCAAAAGAUGAACGAUUUUCGCCUUGAGAAGAGUUUUUGUGAUGUGGUUCUCUCAACAGACGAUGGAGAAGAAUUCUACGCUCACCGCCUUGUUUUGGCUUCUGUUAGCGCCUACUUCCGAGCGAUGUUUCUGACAGAUAUGAAAGAAAGCCAUCAAAAAAAUAUAACAAUAAGAGGAGUUGAGUCGCCAGCUUUGAGAAGUUUGAUAGAUUUCGUCUACACUUCAUCACUGGGAAUCACGUUUUCGAACAUCCAUUCAGUUCUUUCAGCGGCCAGUUUGCUUCAGUUUGCAACCGUAGAAAACGCCUGUUACGAUUUUCUCCGAAACAGUAUCAACGUCCAUAAUAGCAUCGAAAUAUGGAACUUGGCGGACCUACACGGCUGUUCAGAGCUAGUAGACCUGGCCGAAAACUUUAUUCGCGCAAAUUUUACGGCGAUUUUAAAACUGGAAGAUUUCAAUAUGUUGUCGUUAAAGCAAAUGGUGCGACUUCUUUGUCACGAUAAACUAAACGUCCCAUGCGAGAGCACCGCAUUGUUCGGUGCUCUUGAUUGGGUCAAAUACGAUUUGGCCAAUAGACUUGUAAAUCUCGAGGAAUUACUGGAGCAUGUCCGAUUUCCUUUGAUGACGCGAAAAUUUCUGAUGGAUACAGCGGCAAGAGAGGAGCUAAUCAUGGCUAGCGCAACCUGCAGACAGUUUGUUCUCGAAGCGAUAGACUAUCAUCUUAUUCCUGAGAGAAGAACAAAGAACCGAAUCCCGCGUGCGAUCCCUCGUGACAGGCUAAGCCAAUUACUUUACGUUGUUGGAGGCGAAGGUAGGUACUGAAAGAAAUACCGAAUUUAUUCGAAUAAGCGCCCAACCUUGAAUUAGCGCCCACCUCGAAUAAGCACCCAUCCUGAAGGCAGAAAAAUUUAAUAAGCACCCAGCCUCGAAUUAGCGCCCACCCCAACCCCACCUCCCUCCGCCUCAAACUCAAACUCAAACUCAAAUAAGCGCCCACCCACCCCCACUCCCUUUCUGGUCCCUCCCACCCAAAAAACAUUAAAUAAGUACCAAUAACAGACUUGCCCGAAGACGGAGUUUUCUUCAGAGUAUUUUACAGAAACCUUGCUAUGUUACAUCUUCGCGUUUUAUUAUUACCAUUUAUUGUAUUGUUGCAAAAUAAACAUGCUACACUUGCUGAAAAUGGUGAAAAUUUAAUAAGCGCCCAGCCUCGAAUGAGCGCCCCCUCUCAAUGUCCAAAAAUUUAAUAAGCACCCAGGGCGGUUAAUCGAAUAAAUACGGUAAUACAAAAACAAAACGACGACAACAGCUGAUUAUUUUUUUGAAAAAGUGUUUUAAAGUGACCGGCCGAGGUUGCAAAGCCGGAUAGAGGGAGGAAGACGAAAGUGGAUAUCUGUGCUCUGAACUGAAAAAGAUCGAAAAACAUUUCGACCACUAAUUACAGGUGACAACCUAGCCUGAGGACAUCAGGGGGUAUUUGUCGGAUGAGAUGUAUAAACGGUCGGACUCUGGCGAUUGAAUACACUUGCAGAAAGAACAUGAUCGAUCUCGUUGAUGGGAUUUUCCCAACAAUAUUCUUAUUUCCCAUUAACUAAAUAAUAAAUUUUAAUCAUCCUGUAAUUGUUCGUCAAAUGUUGAGUGUAAAGAGGAAGUCUGAUGUAUCUAGCUCGCAAGUGCAAUUGACCUUGACUUAAACAGAGGCGUACAACGAUAAUGCAUGCCUCCUAAUCUCCUAGGUGUCGUAAUUUUUUGUCACUUUAUUAUACAGUGUAGUAUAAAUUGUGGAACAAAUUUUUAAGAGAUCAUUCACGCGGCAAAAAGUUCGACAUGGUGAUCUUGGAAUGAGCGGCAUUUUUUUUGCGAAUACGUGAAUUACCUCAGGGUAUCGAAAUUAUUUUAAUGGUCGCGUGAAUGUGCACGUUGAGGCCCGUAAGCCACUUUUACUCACUUGAUCAGUUACGCAAGACAGAGUCCGACCAAUUUUCCGUCAGUCGACAACUUUCAUAGAUGAAUUUUGAAAAUGACUGACUGUUCGUGAAAUCUUCCCGAGAAACAGUGUAAUGUUUGAGACUUCACGUGACCUGCGAAAACUACCGUCUUUACUCGCUAAGUUUGUUGAUAAGGCAGCCGAUUCUAUGACCGCCCUCGAAGCGCCCAACACGAGAAAAGACGAGACAGUCCCUUGUCAAGUCACCAAUGCUAAUACAGCUGGAAUCAAGCUAAAAACUAUAAAAAAUUAUUCAAGCCUAUUCUGCCUAGAUUUGAUCUGGGUAUAAAUCUGGGUAUCACGCCGUGUCAUAGAUACCCAAUAUGUCGUCAUAAACAUGUAUGUGUGCCGAAAAAAUGCAUAUUAAGAUAAGAUGUGUCAAGUAUGGCGAGACUAAUAAUACAGGACUUCCUGUCUAGAAUUUUCAGUUAAACAGUUCGCAGGCUUAAAAUAAAACCGUGGCAUGGAUCUGUGGACUUUUGGAUGUGCGAACGCAUCCAAAAAAAAAAAUCAAUUAAAUCCGACUGUUUAAAUUAAAUGCGACGUUUGACGUAUCUGCGACUGAACGGUCGAAGAUUCCACUUGAGUUGGACUUUUGAUUCAAACGUCGCAUUUCACAUGUGUCGAACUUAAUGUAUGAAGUUUAGAAAAUUACCGUAUUAUAGUUAUAUUACUGGGAAUAUUGACAGCGAACAAAGUUAAAUUCGACAGAGAUCAGAGAGUUAAAUUCGACGUUUGAAUCAAAUGCCGUAUUUAACUAUUACUGUUCGACGUUUGAACUAGGCCUCAGAUACGGCAAAACGUCGCAUUUAAUUUAAUAAACAGUCGAAUUUAAUUGAUUCAAACGUCGUACUUCACAUGUAUUUUUAAUUCUCGCAAUAAGUUCGGCACAUGUGAAAUUCGACGUUCGUUCGUUCGCCUAACAUUUUAACUUAUCUUUUUGGUCCAAAAUCGGUAUCGGUGGACAAAAAAAAUCUUUAGGUUGAAGAAGAAUAUACUGUCAGACCACUUUUAAACAUGUUAAAAGUACGAUGCAUAUUCAUUAUGUGGCGCAAAGAUUUGUUGAGUUGAGACAUUUUGCAGCGAGCUAAAAUAAUAAUUAAAAAAAACAUGCAACCUUGUCACCAAAGUAGCGACGAGGGGAGAGAGAGGGUGAGAGUGUAGACUGCAAUUGAAACCGUGAGGUAAAGGCGAGAAGAGCUGACAACUGAACUGACUCGUGAAGAAUCCGUUUACACCCAGGGAUAUAUAUAAGAGAAAGAAUUACGGCAGGAAAAGGGGCUGUGUCACAGCUGGCGAAUGGUUAUGAAAUUGCAUUCCUACACAUACCUUAGCCUGAGUUGCAGCCGGCCAACGCAUUGUCUAAACCAUCUGUAUAGUUUAUACAGAAGGUCUAGAAUCUCUGUGACGUAGGUUAACAUAUCCGCGCAACCUUCUUUUAUUUUCAAGUUGCAACGUCUUAGCUUAACCUUUUCAUUAUAUGUACGACCAUGAAGAAGGAAGGCCGUACCUUCCGAAAUAUUAGGGAGCUUUAGCAACGACGACGGCGACCGCAACAGGUUCGUCAAAAAAGCAAUAGAGUCUAUAUUAGCAAAACAACAACUUUGCACGUGCAUCAGGUUUUUUUGUUCUUCUUUACCGUCCUUGCACGAGUACGACGUGAAAAUGCCUAAUUGCAAGUUUCUUGGAGGACGUAAACAAGCGACGACGAAUCUCUUUUUUUACACUUGCCACUUUUAGCAAAUUGGAAUGAACGCGACAACGACUGAAAAAACGGGAAUUCAUUUUAAAACUGACGUUUUCGCUGUCGUUGCCGUCGUCGAUGCUAAACCUUUCUAUUGGUAGAUACAUAUAUUUAGUAAAAUCCAACUAGUGGUCUAUUAUCAAUGCUGCGUUGUGAUUGGUUGAGCUACUAUUAGGCUAUAUGUUAUAGCCCAUUAGUAGCGAAAAGCGCAGGCUUUUUGGCGGCAAAAAAGGAUUAAAGUCUAGCUUUAACUAGCUAAAAGUUUUUUAUUCUCGAUAUUUUUGACCAACUAGUUGGAUUUUACUAAAACAAUUAUUCCUCUCGCCUCAUGACCUCAUGGGCUAUUGCCUCAGAUCCCAUUCGGGCUCGAGGAAUAAUUGUUAAAUAUAUAUUCCCGACUGUAAAAUCAGCCUUGCUUCUUUUGUUUUAUAUUUUCACUUAUUGCUGAUUAGAUCCUUUAUUAGGAUCCGGUCCUUGUUUUCUGUAAGCUGGUCCUUUCUUCAAAAAUUCAACCUUCAAUAGCCUGGUGAAAACCGAUGCUUGGUCUUAUUUCAGGAUGUGAAUUACCGUAAAGCAAGACGGUAUUAUGAUAUGAACCUCCUAGUGGCUUCUUAGAGAACGGAUGUCUUUACAAGGAUGAGUCCAUUAAAUAAUGAAAAGUAUGUUAAUUUUUCCGCAACGUCAUCUGUUACGAACCAAGCAAAGUAGAACACUACUAAGCCUUGGAGAGCGAUUAAGCAGAUCGAGCAGAAGUUUUUUAAGCCUUUAAGAGUAAUUAACCUCUUCCCCUUCUUUUACGUUAACACAUGAAAUAACCGCACAAUCUGUGGGGGCUGGUACCAUAAUAAGCCUUGGCACCUGACAGAGCUUCUAGACCAGGGCUCAAUUCAAGCUUUUACAAGAGUAAUUUAGUACAAGUGUAGCCAUUUCAUUCAAUUGACUGGAUUGACCCCAGUCCUGUUCUGAAUACAGUAAAACACUUGUCGCAAAGAAAAAGUACAUUAACCUUGAACAAGAGGUUGCCUUGACCUAGAAGAAAUUGGCGUGUAGAGAAGCGACGACUGGAAAUAUGUUCCUCACAGUCUACCUGUCAGCGUUUUCGCGUGCUUUUGCGCCUUAGUUUGCCUUCUCUCUUUCCGUCUUGCAAGCAAUUGCCACCUACAGUAGGCUAGCAGGCCAGUAAGAAGUGUUAGCCGUGCACAAUAAGAGCUAAAUAAUUUGUUAUCAGUUAGACUGAACGUUAUAACUUGGGGAUCAUUCAUAAUUUAUGCCAGGAUGUGGGCUAGCAAGAAUAAGGGCGGGGGGUCACGACAAAUUUAGGACAGUGUGAGGGGGGUCAUGAGGAAAUUGGCAUACAACAGGCGGGCUGUCUGAUUUUACAAUUUUGUUUUAUUUUCAAAGAAAUGCGUUGAAAAGUACAUUUAGAGGGGCCAUGCCGUUUGUUUUCUUUCCUGGAAGGGGUCAUAACUAUUUGUUAUAUUUACUGAUGGAUUCUUCCAGCCCACCCCCUCGCAUAAAUAAUGAAUGGUCCCUUAGUUUAUCAAAAUCUUUUCCUGUCCUCUUCCCCUAUACCCGAAAUAUCAUGUUUAGUCUGUACUUGUAUUCAAUCCGAUUAAUUCUUUGUCACCGUUCUGGUUUUGUAAAUAAAGAUCUAAGAAAAGAAUUAAUCUUCUUGGUUCAAGCUUUAACUUAGUGUUGACUCUUUACUGCCACUUUGUUUUGAUUUCAGAAAAUCGCAAGGUUUUAAACGACGUAGAGUUCUUUGACUUCAACGAAAAGAGAUGGCGCGCAAUCGCACCUAUGAUAAUUCCACGCAAGUACGCUGGUUGCGCUUUUCUAGAUGGUCAGCUGUAUGCUGUGGGAGGAGUGAACAGGGAGUACACUGACCUAGUGACCGUGGAGAGUUACAACCCUUGUGCGGGCCAGUGGAAUUCUGUUGCAUCACUCAACAAGUGCAAAGGUGACUACCACUGAUCAAGCUGAAAUAAGCAUUGUAAAAAGUCAAUAAGUAUACUCGCAGAAGAAAAACAAAAAAGCUAAAACAACAACAACCACAAAACGCAUACGCUCAAAAUCGGGUAGAAGUCCUCUAGAGAAGUUCCAAAGCACCUAAUUAAGAGUGAUUUUCUGUAAAAUUCGAACUUCGGCCUGACACGGUACCUCAUCGAUUUGGCUGAUUUUUGGCAUGUAGUCUUAGAAUGGUGUCCUAAAUACUGAAUGCAUAUUCUAAGGUUCGAAUUCUCGUUGGUUUCAAAGAUACAGGAAUGACAGUUUUGACGUGGCCUCGAGCGGCCGCCAUGUUGGUGAACUGAAGGAGAUUUACAGUAAUUAAUUCUAGCCUUAUCAUUAAAGUAACUUAAUCGUGACUCAUACAGUUGCAAAGAACUAUCCUUCCUCCUUUCAUUUACCUACUCUUAUCUGAAAAUGGUUAAGCCUGAGCUACUAACGGCUAUAACUUCUCACAGCACUUUUUCGGUACUUAAACGGUACACAAAUUUGAUAGAAAUUGGAAGGCCAAUAUCACCCAUGCCACAUCGAUUUAGACUAAGCCAUUUUAACUAAACAUAGUUUGUUUAUAGCUAAGUUAGAUUGUUGAAUAAAAUAAUUGGGCAAAUGCAACGGAACAGAAAUAUGAUUGCAUGAAUGCGCAGUGGUUCAGCCACUUGGCCGCUAAAACUUCAAAACAAAAUUCGGUGAAUAUUUGAAAAGAAAAUUCUUUAAAAAUUGAUCGUGCUUCUUAAACCCUAUCUAUCGCUUAAAAAACCCUCCCUUGAAAUGUAAACAGAUGAUCUUUUGAUUCUGAUCUUGCGAAGAGCUUGAAAUAUGCGCUAAAAUUAAAAUUAUAAAUUUUGUUACACACGGUACUAGCUCAAGUUCGCUCUUCGAUUUCCCAGACCAAUCGGGAGCCGCUCGUGUACUGCACAGUUACAAUUUUCUCUGUAGUAUUUCGCUGUAUACAGCUACAAAUUACAUAUUUUCUUAGGCAAAGAUAACGCAAACGUUGUCAAUUUUAAUCAAAAGGCUAGAAAAACCAACCGUGCACUGUAGCUUUAUGCAAAUUGUAUGGUAUUCGAUAAUUACACGUGUAAACAGGAACCUACCUUUGCUAAUGUACACUGUUUGGCAGAUCUUUCCAGCGUAAGAUAUAAAACUAGUACAUGAAAUGAAAUUAAAGAACUCAUCAAGUCAAAUGACCUGAUCGUACCGUCAUUACUGAAUAAUAAGUCCGCAAAAUAUGACAAGGAAUGAUCGGUGGGAGACGAAGCUAUUUUUAGGAGGACAAGGAACUGCACGCUGGAACGGAACUGAAAUGAACAACGUCAAUCAAGUUCAGUCUUCUUGACGCUAUUAAACGUUUCACCCGAAUUUGAACAGGAAGUUGUUUUCUAUUUUCUUUCUCAUUCUUGCAUGUAUUCUGCAGUUCGCCCACUAUUUUUUCGUAACUUUUAAUUUUCUAGCUAACUGGAACUGUUUAGAACUACCAACCCCCCUCCCCCCUCCCCCUCUUUGAGUGAACUUUCAUUCGGUCUGAUUCACAAUAAUUUUCGAACGGUGACACAGUGAUAUUUGAAAUGACAUUUUAUUUAGCAUUUUUAAAAGCUCCUUCUUUUUUGCCCGAUAGCCAGGAAUGUUUUGAACGUAAAGGCUGAAGUGGCGGUGUUUUUCACGACUCUGCUUGACUGACUCUGAUCGGAGAGGGUCAUACAGUAACUGAUGGGUCUCUGAAAAGCGAAAUGCAGUCACGUGGGGCGAGUAGGCUAUAUAGAUGAUGAACUCAUUGUUUAUAACCCCAUAACCGUAUUCCAAAAGUCGAGCCAGCCCGGGGCGAGCGAACACAAUUUUGGGGUCACUGGCCACACCCUUAUAUUUAGCGAGAAAUUGGUUGAUUAGUCAAAUCUCCUUAACUCCACGACCAUGCACCUUUCCAAAUAUAGCCCUUCUUAUCAUCAUAUAGUUAGGGCCUCCCGUAAACAUUUGCAACUAUUUUGAUUUGUAGAAGACUGUUUAACAGUUUUCAUUACUUUAAUGUCUCGUAAACAACACGAGGUACAUGUUCUGAUCUCUCCACCGCCCCCCCAACCCUUCCCCCAUCCAUAACAAAAAAUUUUCAGACCAACACUGAAUUGCAUGAAGGUAUGUAUACAAAAAUAUGACCAUCUCGAGGCAAGGUUCAUCACUGUGACUUACCACAUAAAAGCCUUUUCGUUGUUUGCCAUCGACUGAUUCUGUUCUGAAUACUAAGGUCCCAUAAACAACGCCACGUUUAGAAAGAGCCCGCCCUUUUCAAUCCAAGAAAACCCAAGUAGCGAUUUCACCAACGGACAUAAGCCGUAAGAAAAGGACCGCGUCAAAUAGUUCAUGAAAUCACAAACGCCUCAUGACACCUUUAAUUCACUCUUUCUUCGAUAAACUAAUUUUUAAUUUUUUAAGCAUAAAUGACAUCAGAAUGCGCGAUUAUGAGCAUUGUAGCUUAUGAAAAGAAAAUUUAACACCUGAUGCACAUGAAAGCGUCUAAGGAGGGGACUAGGGGGAAUUAGGAACAUUGUGCUUACCGCUGGAAAAAUAUUGGCUAGUUCUUUGAAUAGACUCAAUUAAAGCCGUUUUUGUUCAGUAAGGAGCUGUUAGAUGGGGGGAAAGCUACAUAAAGUAGAUCGCAUCAGAAUACGGCAUAGGACUAGGCUCUCAAAAUCGAUAAGCUGAAUGCAAGACCAAUUAUUAUGUAAAACAGAGAAAAAUUCCUUGAGGGAAAAAAAUUAUGGCUAGGGAAAAGACCCGAAGGUGGAAAGUUAGGAUGGUAGCUUCUUUUCAGGUAAUCGAUCAUUUACGUUAACUUCCGCUAUCCGACGGGCAUAUCGGAAAGACUGAAUGGAUGAGAGUAUAACACAUUCAAGAAGAAACAAAUUUGUGAUUUUUCACAACUCAAUAAAAAAACUAAAAUUGUGUACUGCUCGGUUAUACAAGAUUUUUGUUUUCAAUUUCAGAUUUUUACGAUGGGUCAUUAGCCCCCGUACUCACUAGACACUACUUUACAAUCAUCGUGUUAAAAUCAGUGAAAUACUCCAAAACAAUUUGGAUUCCUACCCUUAUACCUUUAUUAAAAAUUAAAGUUGGGAAGUUUGUUGUCUUCUAAAAGUAGUUUGAACAGCCGAACGACAUUUUUUUACACGGAGUGGAGAAGGCAAAGCUUCACUUAUCUCUUCUAAGGUAGAAAGUGUCAGCAAAACGUGAGAGUCGUCCUUGAGGGUAAAGUGUCUAACCUAAUUUUCUCACCGAUUGCAAGUGCCAUUUCAUCCACGCAUAACCUCACCUAGUUAACAGAAUUAGCAAAUGUAGUGGGGAAACGUUGCGAGAGAACUGAGUAAGAUGUUAGGGUAAGUUUUGGAAAUUUUCAGCACACCUGGAAAGUCCUGGCUACGCUCCUGAUAGAGACUUUUGCUGGAGAGAAAUUGAAACAUGUUCGCUAAUAUAGUGACGACCAGAAAGGACAAGCCAUAGGAUAGUUCCAGAAAACCACCCAUUAAAAUAGAUCACGAAGUUGUCGCGGCGGAGGAUGAACUUGAAGGCAUCUGAUGAAUUGCCAUUUUUCAAGGGAGCCCAGACAAGAUUAUGUACGAUGGGCACAGCUUGUUUGAUCUGGAAAAUUUAGAGAAGCUCAAGGCAAAUCGCUAGACAACACAUGCUAGAGCUGAACUAAAAAUCUUUUGCGCCUUUGAACUCUGUCCCUAAGGGUAAAGGAGAAAGUUUCCCUUUAUCAAUGCAUUAACCGAGUUGAUUAUGAAUGUCUCCUUAUGUUGGACGUCUUACUAACAAGCACAUUACCACUACUUGCCCUCAGAGGCGUUUUUCAUUUGACCAGCAGAGAAAAUUAGGUUUUGACUGUUUGAAAUUCUGGAUGCCAGAGUGAAGACGCCUUUUGUAUGAUGACGUCAUCGUCCUACAGUAAAAAGCGUUCGUUUUUUACCACUGAUAUUACGUCAAUCGGUACACUUAUGUUGUCGAAAGGUCCGUGAGCAUGGUAAAUGAUUUUACCUUAAACUGCAGACACAUCUUCAAUCACUCCUUAUUGUUCGCGAUAUCGGAUAAACACUCUGGUCUCUAACUGAAUUUUCUUUGCUGUUUACUUUAUUUUGAAUUAGGACUGUCUUGAGUUGUCCAUGCAUUGUCUAGCGAUUUUAAGCUUUUUCAAGGAAACAAAAAUCUGGAAUUGUCCCUAGGGUGAGACAUUUGCGCACAGUUUUAAAGCCCUUCGGUGGGGUGACUGUGGUUUUUGCUGUCCCGGGCUCAUUCCUCAUUCUUCUUAACCCCUUCCAAACCAAUUUUUCUGUUUAUCAAGAAUCUCCUCAAAACGGGCUUCGUGACUGAGACAAAAUACCUGAAAAUUGUACACGGAACCGUUGUUAACGGUGUACAAGGUAGAAUGAGUCUAUUCAUUACUUUGCCAACGCCCAAUUUUUAAAACCGGAAGUAAUGAUGUUUAUUUCAAGGGCUCAUGUCUCAUGAGUUUUGAGUAAAUCUUCAAACGCUGUAAACACAUGUAGCUGGAACUAUCAUCGCAUCGAUCCUUGCUCACUAAUAAUGAUAACUUAUAUCAACUUCCAUUAUUUAUUGCCUGGCUAAGAUUUUCACGGAUUCUUCAGUUCAGUUGUUUGAAACCAGGCAGUUUCACGUGAGUUGUAACGCCAGGCAAGGAACGUGACGACCCGCGAUAUGCGUGGGAAAAUAUUACUUUUUUUCGAUCAAGGUGGAAACUGGCAACUUAGUCGUCGAGUAAGGUAAUACAUCUCAAUUUUCAUUACUAUGGUUAAUUUUAAAAGCUCUGGUUUCGGUAAAGGAACUGGAGGAAAAUCAGGAAAAUUCCAGUUCGACUGUGAUGGUUGAAUUUUGUUUACGCGUCAUAGCAUAAACAUAACAAAUUCAUUUUCCUUUUCCUUAUACAAUCUGCCUCUUUUUAUACUGUUUUUCGCAGCAGAGUUAUCGAUUAUAUUACAGAGGCUAAUUUUAUUACACAGAUCACUCAGAUUUAAUGACAGAAACUCUAUUAUCGAUUGUAAUUUUGGCAACACCUGGCGAGUAUUCGGUGUACAGAUUAUUGACAAAGUCGCUCGAACAGUCUUCCAUUCAUUACUUUUGUUUCUGCUCCGUUAAAUUUGCCCAAUUUUUUUAUUAAUGAACUCGAUUUAACUACAAACAGUGAGUAUUCAGGCAGAUUGGCAAGCUUCAAUGCGAUGUGGCAAAAGAGAUAUACGCCUUUAAAAUUCUGUUAAUUUUGCGGGUGUAAAAAAUUCAAAAAGUAUACCCACCAAAAGUUUAAUCGAUCGUUGCGAAAACGUUAUCAAUUUCGAAGUAGUUUCUAAAAAUACAAUAAAGAGGGAUUGUUCUUUCAAUCAGUAUUGGCAAAGGAAGAUUAGCUUUGAAGACAGGGUUGUAGUCGAAGGCUCAAAAGCAGCUUCUAUUAACCAAUAUGGCGCCGGUCCGAGGCACCCAAAAACCGGCCAUGUCGAUAAUUUCUGAAGUAGGAGGAAUUAGAACCUAAAGUUACCUAUUCCUUAUUAAAGACCUCAAAUCAAGUCUACAUGCCAAUUUUUAGCCAAUUCGGUGAGAUAGUGUGGCAGCGCCUUUUUAAUAUAGCUCGAAUCUUACAGACAACUGCUCUUAAGUCUUACUCGUUUACAUUGCUCGGUCUCAUGACGAAAGCUAGUAUUCUAUACUCACUGACUUAUGAUAUAGGCGAUGUGUGCAGGUGUCGCAGACCAACACCAGAGAAAGUGAUUGGGUAUGUCUCGGCUUGUCAAUUCCCCGGUGGGCGGUGACUCCAAGAAAAUCUUUAUUGUUUAUAGAAUGAUUAUAGAAGACUGACGCUGUUUAUUACACCCUCUACAGCUAUAUUUUACUUUGCGUUAAUUAAUUACGAAAGAGGGUAGAUAUUUUUCGGUUCGUCAAAACGUAGAAAAAGACCAGAAAUAAACAGGAAAAUUAAAUUGAGCGGAAAAUACUUUAUCACUUUCUUUGAACACAUGACGUAAAGAGGAUCAAUCGAUCAAGCACUCUACCAAGCAUAAUUUCAGGCCAUCUCUAACAAGUACUAAACCGUGUCUGUUGUCUUUGUCACUUUUCGUAGGUGCUCUGGGGGUAUCAGUACUUGAGGGAUGGCUGUAUGCCGCCGGUGGAUCUCACAACGGAGCUGCGCUUAAAAGCGUUGAGCGUUAUGAUCCAAUCAAAAACGAGUGGACCCAAGUGGCAAACAUGCGCCUACCCAGAAGCCACUUCGGAAUGGCGUCUCUGCAAGGACGUCUUUUCGCCGUCGGUGGUUACUGCGGGAUCUCGGAGAUCGAGCACGUCGAGUGUUACGACCCCAUGACUAACAAGUGGGCCGAUAUGAGCAGCAUGAACAAGUCCCGGAUGAAUCACGCAGUGGUUACCUUUAGCGAUUGCAUCUACGUCAUCGGAGGCAGUAACAGUGUUGGUAUUCUGGACUCCAUUGAGAAGUACAAUCCUGAUUUGAAUCUUUGGUUGAUCAUCCGCAACACGAUGGAUCCUCGCAGUGGAGCAACAGCGGCCGUGGUUUUGUGUGGGACUGAUGGAGGGCAGGAGUUGUUUAUCAUUGGCGGCCAUGACCAUCACAGCAGAGAUACAAACUCCGUUAAAAAGCUCAAUUUGAAGUUUGCUGAUUACUCAUCAGCAACGGCACCGUGUAUGAAUCAUCGUCGAGUGUACGCUUCAGUUGCGUGUGCUUAG